AUGGGUCGUCGUUCAAUAAAUACCACAAAGAGUGAAAAGUUCAUGAAUCCAACAGAUCAAGCGAGAAAAGAAGCACGAAAAAAAGAGUUGAAGAAAAAUAAAAAGCAGAGACAAAUGGUACGUCAGGUAGUUCUCAAAAAUAAAGAUCCUUUGCAGUUACUGAAAGAAAUGGAAGCAAUUGACGAAAUGGCCAUCACCACUCAACGAAAAAGUUCUCAAAGAGAAAAGAAAAAAUUAAAGGAAACUUUUGAUCGUGUCAUGCGACUAAUGCAGGAAGAAGAACCGGAGCUGUGGCCAGAAUACAAGAGAAAGGAAGUUGAAUAUGAAAAGCGUCGUUAUAAGCGAGUUCAAUAUUAUGAGAGUGUUCGUCAUGCUGAAAUGGUUCCGAUCGAGGAUAUUCCUCUACCUACAUCAACUAAUGAGAAACCUUUACCGGCAACAUUUCUACCUUCAAAAAUUAACAUUCCGCCACUAAUCUUAUCAACAGAUGUCCCACCACCAAAUUCACUUAAAAGAUCAAAAGACCCUGGAAACGAUCCAAAUGAAAGUAAAGAAAAGGAACCACCUGGCGUUCCUCCAUAUUUGCCUCCAGAUCUCUUUGAAAUGUCUGAAUUUGAUUCUGACUAUGAAAGUGAUGAAAACGAAUCACAAAAUGAAGAGGAACAAGAAGUUACGAAGGAAGAUCAUCAUAAAGAUAAACAUGAUAAGAAUAUUGAAGACUUCAUUAAAGAAGUUGAGUCAGCUGCAUUAAAGAAGAAGGAGGAAGACAAAGCAAAUGAGAUUAUUCGAGUCGAUCCAACACCUGAUGUUGAAAUGGAAGAAAGCGUUGAACGACCUUCAGUAGAAAUGGAACAAAACGUUGAACGACCUUCAGAAGAAACGGAAAAGCCUUCAUGUCCUACUCCUGAGUAUAUGAUUCCAAAGCCUCAAGAGAUGAUUCCGCUUCCACAACUAAUUGCCUUCCCAAGAAUCUCACAUUCAUUGAUGUUCCGACCACCGCCAAGAGGAGGAAUGCCAAUGGGAAUUAGAAUGGGUCACCUUCUGGCUAAGCCUCAAAUUAGAAAUCUCUCUGCUGACGUAACUAGAUUUGUUCCUGCUACAUUGCGUGUUAAGAGAGAUGAACCGAAGAGAAAAAAACCAAAAUCUUAUAUGCCAGAGACACAACGAAAGAACUUUUCAACUCAACGUCAUCAACAACAACCAACUAAAGAUGAUGCUUAUGCUGCAUUUAUGAGCGAACUGCAAGAUCUUUUAUAA